ACGAUUGUCUGCUAGCUGCUCCCUCUUUCCCGUUCUUCGACGUUGUCGUCCCCAGCCUUCCUCCUCUCCCUCCCCUCCGCAUCGACCUCGUCGUGUUAAGGAUACCGCUCGAGCCUCGCUCGCGACCCUUGCACGGCUUCACAUUUCCGCCCACUUCCUCCACUCCCUCCUUCUGAAGAACUGAGAAAUCGCUUGAGCUCUGCUCGCGACCAGACAGCCCCAACAGAAUCCCUCUUCUCCAAGGCGAAUCCAGCACCUCCCCUCUCUACCCCAACCUCCACACGCCCGAAAAUGCAAUCCCCCAGCUCAUCAGACAGCACUCCCCCGAGCACACCCCCAUCUGAUAACAAUAUGGCACUCAACAGCAGCAACAAUACUAACAACAGCAAUAACUCAAACAGCAACACCAGUGUAUCUGGUAAACCUCAGCGCAAGGCUUCUAGACGAGCCAGCACGGCAGAACGGCGUGCCACACACAACGCCGUUGAAAGGGCAAGGAGAGAAGUCUUGAAUGGACGCUUUUUGGAUCUUGCAAAAAUUCUUCCUAACCUCUCGCAAGUCCGUCGUCCCUCCAAGUCAGCCAUCGUCAACUCUUCUAUCGCCCAUUUCCACGCCACCCGCCGUCACCGUGCCAUGGCCGCCCGUGAACUACGCCUCUUGAAGACGGAAACAGAUCAAUUGCGCAUGGAGUUGAACGAAUGGAGAAGCCGAGCGGGGAUCCAGAGAGUUGAAGAACCCGUUCGUGGAGAAGGUUUCUCGAUGGUGUUGAAUCAGGAAUUGGAGGUUAUACCUGUGGUUAAUAUCGGUGAAGACGACGAAGAAGGAAGUGUUGACGAUGACUAUGGUAUUGGAGAAGCGCUUCCUCUCAUUGAGGAGCCGUCCAUUUCCGUUCGACCUCAGCCUGCGCCUGCGCCUGCACCGGCGCUGAACAUCAACACGAACGGCCACGGCCACAUGAUUUAUCCUCCUCAACAGCAACACCACCAGGCCAAUUACCCACCUGUCCGACAGCCGCAAUACGAGCCGGUGGUUGUUAGCCCUACGGCAAUGUCGUUGGAUAAUCCUGCACUUGGGAUGUACGACGCUGGCCAUAUCAAUGCAAGCCCUAACUUUGGUUUGUACAAUGGCGGCUACAGGCAGAGAUCCGGAUCGAUGAGGAGUCAAGGGAGUGCUUCUCCCCCUCAAUAUCAUCUUCAGAAGGGAUAUGAACAGAAGUUACCGGUUGGAUAUGAACCCGGUUGGGGAGGAUUGGCGAUGAAUGUGAACCUGGGUAUGGGUAUGAACGGGAUGGGGAUGUCGAUGCAUGGUGGAUUCUAAAUCAACCAAUGUGUUGUCUUUCCCAUGUUUCCCGUAUGUUUCCCGCUUUUCCUUUAAUAUUUAUUGGACUUGCCCACCCUCUAGUUUUCCAUUCAGUCGUAUCUCCUCCCUUGGCCUUGUGUAUACGUAUCUAUCCUACCUCCUGUCUUGCUAUUCCAUACCCUUCUAUCUCUGUCUUCCUACUAUUUCUCUCUCCCUCUCCCGGAUUUCUUCCAAAUGACGUCGCUUACCCUUUCGUCAUAUUAAUAGGUUCAUCCUCUGUAUCGCUGUAGGCUUUGUUAUCGCUACUGGGUUGCUUUAAAGGUAUCCCUCCACCCUCUACCUUCUUUCCGACCGCUUCCCUCCCACCCUUCCUCCCGAGUUGCUCUUUCACCUUCAUUUUACUCACUACCCGUUGACACUACGUCUACGUGGACGAACACUCUCGUUAUUUUGUGACUGGUCUUUCUUUUCCCGCUUUCCUUGUUAGUUAAUUUGUGUUAUACAUAUACAACUACUCCGCCUCCCCCCCAACCCAUCCACAACCGUACUGAAUAAUCGUAUAAAAACAAGUCGCUCGUUAUUGUUUUUUUUAGGUCGUAUCGUUCAAACGUUCAACACUUGUUUUAGGUAUAUAACACUUGUUCCGAGUGGGGUUGACAAAAUUGUACUUUGUAACUCUUUAGGAGUGUUGUUGUAUUCUAGAAAAAUGAAUGAUAUUCAAUUUCGGCGGCU